CCGGGCUCAAACGCGAGGCAUCUAUCGUGAGACGCUACAGGGGCCUUCACCACCAAACACAAUUUAGUCUCGACUGAAGCUCUCUCCAUUACGCAUUUCCUCCUCCUUGCAUUGAACUAUCCCUCUUUAACCCCUAAAAUCAAGCGGAAGAAAGGCAAAAGGGACUUGUGACAAUGGUUGGGCUGCCAACACAGAAAGCUUCCUCUGCCUUAGAUUUGCCACAGCAGCAAAAAGAGCAAGGUUCAGCUGUUGUGGCACCUAUGUCCAAUUCAAAGCCAAAGAAGAAAAUAUGUUGUGCUUGCCCUGACACCAAAAAGUUGAGAGAUGAAUGCAUUGUGCAGCAUGGUGAAGCCGCUUGUUCUAAGUGGAUUGAGGCUCAUCUCCAAUGCCUUCGUGCCGAAGGCUUCAAGGUUUAAAAAUGGUGACAAUAGCUCACUUGAUGAAUUGGAGGACAAAACAAUUUUGUAGAGUAGCCUGUUCAUUUUGACAAAUUGGAGGUUUAUUCAGUUUUAUAGAAUAGCCUGUUCAUUUUGGGAAUACACAAAUGAAUAAUGGCAGCU